AUUACAACCGCUUUUUUUGACUUGCUUGUGUCUGGUGCGCUUUUAGAUUUAGUUUUUUUACUUUCUAUUUGGGUUAUCUCGGAGAAAGACAAAGAACCGUUUGUGUCUCAUGUCUGUGGUUUUUUUGUGCCGCUUUUUUGCUGCUGCAUGACAACGAGGAGAGAAGAGCGGAAAAUCUCACGUUUUUUCCUGUUCUUUUACGCAGGCUGCUGAUAAAAAAGACAUAUACUCGAAAGAACUAUGAGAAUGCCAAAACUGGAAGAAAUGCAAAUCGACAAAACUAAAUCCACAACCGCAAUGCUCACAGGAAGACAAGGUACUUGUGUCUGCUUCUUUCUUUUCGUCACCGCAAACAAAGACGGAUUUUCAGGCCUGAAAAGGGCAGGUUACUCUUGGGACGAGGGGUCAUCUCAGUCUCACAGACACUUUCACCAAGGAAACAAACCAUUUUCAAAACUAGGUGCAGGACAUUUUUGCAUCUCAAUUAUUAUACCUCGAAUCAAAAUGCUCACGUCAUCGGCAAUUCGCAGGACCACAUCCUCUAGAACUCCUUCGGCAGCGGUCUACAACUUUGGGACGAGAGCGGCAUUCGGGGCUCUUUCCGGUGCGGCGACGAAAAACCCGCGACCGUUGACUUUUGCAACCACUGCAUUCCUGCCGCCGCAUCGCACAAGAAUCUCAUUUGAAAGAACCCUUUCAAAUGUCACUUACACAAGAACAUUCCACCGAAGACCCUUCGCGUCGACGCCUACGAUUGUCCACAAUGGCAACACCACUGCAGGCAACGCCGAGCAACAGCGCACGAAGUUGAAGGAUCUUGCCGCAGCAGCUGCGGGCAGCGCUGCAGCGUCGGCGCGACCUAGUACUUGUUCACCCGACCCCACCGCACAGAACCAGACCGUUAGUGUAACCGUCAGUACUAACGCGAACGCGCUGUCCUCCGACGGUGUUGGAAGCAACUCGGAGUCGGACGUGGUCCUGUCGUCGCAAGAUCCAAAAAAGCUUCCGGGGAACAACAAUGGCGAAGAUGGUCAUCACAGCGAUACUAGGCCGGCUGCACCAAAAGUAGUAAACGUCACCUCGGCCGACAAGCGGAAGUUGUUCGUGUCCAGUGCGGUUCCCAUGAUCGGUUUCGGGUUCAUGGACAACAUGGUCAUGAUCCAGGCCGGCGACCUGAUCGACAACACGAUUGGCGUCCACCUCGGGCUCGCCACCCUCACGGCGGCGGCCUGCGGGCAGGUAUUCAGUGACGUCAGUGGGGUGUGCUUUGGGGGCGUCGUGGACAAUCUGUGCGCCAAGCUCGGGCUGCCCGUCGCGGACCUCACGACCGAGCAACGCCAGCUGCCCGACGCGAAACGGUGCGUGACCUUUGGCAGCGUGUGCGGCGUCAUUGUGGGGUGCUGUCUGGGCAUGACCAGCCUGCUGUUCAUGGACCUGGACGCCGCGGACCGCGCAAAAAAGCAGCAAGAGCUCGACACCAUUUUCCGCACCGUCAUUGUCGAGGGAUCGGAAACGCUGGGGGCGGAGCGGUAUAUUGAGGCUUCUGAAAUUUUAAUUUUAUCUGAGAUUAUCUCUGCUGGUCGUUCUGCUUCUGAUGCGAGUGUAGAAGAAGGGUGAUCGAGGAUUUGUUCUUGUUAUGUUGAAAUUUUUGUUGAAUUGGUCUUCGUCUUGAUGCUGAAAAAAUGAAAACUAAUACUCCACCUCCACAGGUGCAGCCUGUUUGUGGUGGACCACGAGAAGCAGGAGCUGUGGACCCGCGCGGCAACCGGGGUCAAGGAGAUCAUCAAGGUUCCAGUGGACAAGUCGCUGGUCGGCACGGCCGUGCUCGAGGCCGACGUGGUCAACGUUCCCGAUGUGUAUCGCCACUCGAAAUUCAACCGCGAUCACGACGACAAGACGGGGUUCCGCACGCGCAACAUCCUCUGCGUCCCCGUGUUCCAACACUCGCCGUCAACGUCGUCCUGUAGCGCGGUAGAAACUUCUUCUGAGGGCACCACGACAAGCAGCUCUAGUACUUCUUCUGCGACCACGGGAAAGAAGCCAGCUGUUGCUUUGUCGGACCCGUCGGAAAAUGUCGUGGCGGUUGUGCAGUUGGUGAACUCCGAACGAAAAUCCGGCUUUGCAGACGCGGAAGUGCGGGCCGCCAAAAUGCUUGCGCGCCACGUCGGCAUCUUUCUGGAGCAGGUGGAGUCCGCGCGUGGGGACUGAAGCGAGGACGUCGAGAUGAGGGUGCUCUUUUUCAUCUGCUUCUGGGCGUCAACAUCUUUGAAAAUUGAGAAUUCUGACAUCGGUGGUACUGGUUUUCGUGACGGAAUCAUGAUAAACGUGUAUAAUGCAAGAAGGACAACAUAUAAAAUCGGUGAACAGCUCGAGAAGAUCACAUUAUUAGCAGCCAAUACCGCUUAGCACAAAUCACGUGCACGUGAAACUGAAAUGUUGCAUACCUUUUGUAGCAGGUUUGCGUUUGGUCUUGGUACAAACGCAUCCUGAGUUUUUUUACAAAUUACGAGAAGACCACCUGUUGCAUAGAUAUGUAAAGAAAUCGUGUGAAACAACCACGUUGUAAAAUUUAUUGGAAAUGACAAUGCAAGCAUUGACUUUGACAUUCAUGAGAUUCGUCCUACUCUUCUGGAAAAUAUCAUUAUCAGUAUGAUUUUCUUCAGUUGUGAGGCGACUCCAAUGUGUAAAAAUUUUUGAUUCAUAAAAUAUAGGAUGGCUUCGCAUAAUUCAUGCAAAGAUUGAAGAUGUGAGUAUGGGGAUGAAAGCUUGCCCGAGGAGGACAGAGGAAUCAUGUGCAAUUCAACGGUUUCAUCUUCGAUAGCCACCUCACUAUUACUCCUG